AUGGCUGGCGACGAUUCUGUCAUUAACUUCGUCAUCGGCAUUUUCGUCUCAUUAGGCGCUUCAUUCUUGGAUGCUCUUGGGUUGAACCUCUUGAAGCUGGAUCACGUUAAAGAAGCUCAAAAGUCAGCGAGUGAACAACGAUCCGACUGUGGCAGACCACUGUGGCACAUUGGUUUAUACACCUAUAUUGCUAGUCAGCUCAUCGGCAGCACGAUUGCUCUUAAUUAUCUCAGGACACAGUGGGUUGCUCCUUUAGGAAGUGUUGCGCUCAUCUACAAUUUUUUGUUUGCCAAAAUCCUGGUGGGCACCAAAAUCACUCGAAAGGAUGUCCUCGGGACAUGUGUUGUUGUCGCAUCUGUCAUUUGGAUUGUUGUCUUUGGUGGCAUGUAUAAUGGUGAUGACCCUGAAGACACUAUAUCAUUGGAGAACCUCAAGCAGUUGUUUACAAGGCCCAUCUUUAUCAUUUACUUUAGCGCUCUCAACAUUUUGACACUCUCGGGUCUCGUGUUCGCUAUUUGGUCCCGAUGGCUCCUCAAUGAUGACUCCAGAAAGAGAAACAGCCAGCUCUUUUUCAACAUGAAACCAAAAAAGAUGCUAAGGGUGGUGGGCCUCAUGUUCAGUCUUGAUGGUGGCAUGUUGGCUAGUGAAACCUUGUUGCUUGCCAAGAGUGGUGUCAAAUUAUUCACACUUUCUGUCAACUCUCAAGUCAAUCAGUUUACGGACAACACAAGUCGCUUCAUUUUGCUUGCUUUGGUCUAUUGUCUCAACACUGCUCUUAAGCUGUAUUCAUCCGUGGUGGUUGUCCCUGUAUUCUAUGGCACUUAUACAGCCCUUGGGUUGGUGAACACAAUCAUUUAUCUUGACGAGAUUGGCAAUUACCCUGGUUGGGCCAUUGCCCUUGUUUUUAUUGGUAUUGGCGUCCUCGUAUAUGGCGUAUACCUUCUUAGCUCUAAGCCUGAUCCAUCUCAUAACCCUGACCACGAGGACCAGGAGAACGGCCACAGUGGUGGUGAUCAUGACCAUGUCGAUCAGGAGCAUGAUAUUAUAGGUCUCGACCCAAAUCGGCAACACCAUGACGACGACGAUGUUGAUGACGAUUUACAAGUGAUCCAUCAUACUAAAUCAUGGCCCUCAGCACACGAUGAAAAGAAUGGACAUGGUCGACUAUUUCAUGCAGCAUCAUCUCCCUCCCUUACGUUUCCACAACAACAACAACAAUCAUCUUGCUUGAAUCCAGUAGUAACAACAACACCAGCAACCACCUCACCACCACCGCCUACUACGAUUGUACAGGUUCCACCAAAAAGUAGAGUGCCUCGAUGGUUUAAACGUCGUCAUCGUCAUCAACAACAACGGUCUGCAACAAGUAGUAGUCGUAUGCCAUCAUCAGCGUAUAUAGGUGGUGGUAACCACGUUGACGGGGGAACCGAAAUGGCCGAGUUGCCUGACGACAGGAUCAAGCCAUAG